AUGUCGUUCCUGAAGCCCCAAUCAAGUGAAAACGUUGUUAAUUCUGAUUUGCUGGACUCAAAUAAUGUUAAUGGUGAGAAUGCUGAAAAUGUGGUUAAUGAGAAUGGUGUUAAUGACAAUGUUGAUAAUGAGAAUGUUGAACAAGAAGCUGUGAAUGAUGACACUAAUAGGGUGAAUUCGAAUUAUUUAGAUGAUUCUGCACAAAACGUAGAACAAAACUCAGAAAAUAUUAAUCAAAAUGUUGAAGAAAAUGAGUCUGUUUUUGUUGAUAUAUAUGAUCCAAGGAUAUGGGAAGCUCUUGAUCAGAAAUCAAUUGAUAUUUUGGCAGUCAAUGGUCCUAAAAGAGACUUAACCAUAAUGAAAGGCCCUAAAGACAAAUUGUCUAGGAGAUUCUCUUCUAUUUUAUAUACUAGAUAUUUGCCCAAUGGUGAAGCUUUUAAUGAAGGCUAUAAUUAUUGGUCACAUAUUUGUGUUAGACUUAAAGAACAUGAAACAAGUGUUGGUCAUGUUUUGAAUAUGACAAUUUGGUGUGAACUAAGACAUAGAUUGCAAAAUAAUGAAACAAUUGACAAAGUUGCUCAAGAGCAAUUUGGGAAAGAAAAUGAGCAUUGGAGAAAUUUAAUCGUUAGAAUUAUUUCCAUUUUGAAGUAUUGUGAGGGGUAUCUUGGUAAAAAUAACCUCGCAUUUCGUGGAACAAACGAAAGGUUAUAUGAAAGUAGCAAUGGGAAUUUUUUAGGUUUGAUUGAAAUGUUGGCUGAGUUUGAUCCUGUGAUUAUUGAGCAUGUUCAUCGUAUCAAUAGUGGAAAGAUUCAUCAUCAUUAUCUUAGUCAUCAUAUUCAAAAUGAGUUGAUACUCCUACUUGCUUCUAAAAUCAGAAAUGCUAUUAUCAAGAAAGUAAAAGAAGCAAAAUAUUUUUCUGUGAUGUUGGACUGUACACCUGAUGCUAGCCAUCAAGAGAAAAUGACUUUAAUUUUUAGGUGUGUUGAUGAAUGUUCAAAUUCUUAUAAAGUUCAAGAAUUUUUUAUCGAGUUCUUACAAGUUAAUGGUACAACUGGUCUAGGACUUUUUCAAGUGUUAGAAAAUGUGUUGAAAGCUCACGAUCUUGAAAUAGAUAAUGUUAGGGGCCAAGGAUAUGAUAAUGGGUCUAACAUGAAAGGUAAACAUCAAGGUGUACAAAAGAGACUCUUGGAUAUAAAUCCUAGAGCUUUCUAUAGUCCAUGUGGUUGUCAUAGUCUUAAUUUAGUUUUGUGUGACAUUGCAAAUGCUUCAUCAAAAGCAAGAGACUUUUUCGGAAUAGUCCAACGCAUUUAUACCAUAUUUGUUAAUUCUACAAAGAGAUGGCAUAUUUUAAAAGAAAAUGUGAAAGGUUUAACUCUUAAAUCAUUAUCUGCCACUCGAUGGGAAAGUCGUGUUGAAAUUAUUAAAGCAAUAAGAUUUCAAGUUGCUGAUAUAUGUGAAGCAUUAUAUGAAGUAGCUGAUGUAGGUGAUGCUGAAAAUGACCACAAACUACAAAGUGAAGCUAGAUCUUUAGCAAAAAAUGAGCUUGGUAGUUUUGAAUUUUUGCUUGCUACAAUCAUUUGGUAUGAAAUUUUGUGUGCUGUGAACUUUGUAAGCAAACAUUUACAGUCACAAGACAUUUUAAUUGAUACUGCCAUCAGUGAGAUAAAAGGGUUGAUUUCCUUUUUCAAAAAAUACAGAGAUAAUGGUUUUUCAAAUGUCAUGGAUACUGCAAAAAAGUUAGCUAUUGAACUCGGAAUUGACCCAGUAUUUCCUCAAAGGCGUAUAAUACGUAGAAAACGACAAUUUGAUGAAAUUGAUGGUGAAGAAACAUCACUAUCUCCUAAGGAAUCAUUUAGAAUUGAGUACUUUAUAUACAUUGUGGAUCAAGCUAUUGCAUCCUUGGAAAAAAGGUUUGAACAAUAUGAAUCGUAUGAGAAUAUCUUUGGUUUUUUGUUCAAUUCUGAUAAGUUGCAGUCAAUGGAUGACAUUAAACUCAAAUCUUGUUGUUAUCAUUUUGAAGGUGCUCUUAAGAAAGGUGAGGUAUCUGAUAUUAGUGGAAAUGAUUUAUUUGUUGAGUUAAAAUUAUUUAGAGAGCUUAUAUCCAAAGAGAAAAUGGGAGCGAUCGAUUUAUUAAAAAUUUUAAAACGAUUUAAUUGCUUCCCAAAUGUGUCUAUUGCAUACAUGAUCCUAUUAACUAUUCCCAUUACUGUUGUUUCUGCAGAACAAAGUUUUUCGAAGUUGAAGUUGUUGAAGUCGUAUUUAAGGACAACUAUGUCGCAAGAAAGACUAAAUGGGCUAGCUUUAAUGGCUAUUGAAUCUGAUCUUUUGGACGAAGUCAACGUCGAGGCUGUUAUUGAUGAUUUUGCUACAAAACAUGCAAGGAGGGCUACACUUUUUAAGUGA